GUGUUACUGUGUUGGUGUAGACCUCCAUACUCUCCUUAGUUAAACAAAGACUACUAUAGAUGAUGACUUUUUAUUAGUUUCUAAAAUCAUUGUAAUUUCAGUGACCUUUCAUAUUCUUUAAGAACUCUUUUGCGUUUCCAAGCACGCCAAUUCUCCUGAUAUUAUCCACUAAGGUUUUCCUUUUAUUUUUGCAUCUUUCAGUACAUCAGCAGUUUAUUGAGACCGCGUAUUAUCGAGUUAGUCCUCCACAAUGGAUUGUUUGUGGCACGUCCACCUUCCUGAAAUGCCACCAUGCUAUACGUCAUUUAAGAAACGUGUCUGGUGAAAACGCACCCGUUACGAAACCAACCAAAACAAAAACCCACGACGGAGCGUCAGCUGUCUCAGUCCGAAACGUCUUGUUCAAGAGAGAGAGUACUCCAACUGACGAAUUUGUGAAAUUCAUAUAAGAUCAAAAUGGAAGUGACCACUAUGCAAGAAAAGCCGCAAGCCACUGUAAAUCUUGUAGAGAUGGACACAUCACCUGGAGGUUUCCAGCUGGUGAACCCUCACCGUACAAACAAAGUAGAUAGCAUGGAUUUGGUGGAAAUGGCACGUGAAAUCCAGAAGGCUGACCAGUUUGUUCAUGCAAAUGUAAGUAAUAAACUGCAGGUUAUUGCAGAACAAGUCAGAUUCUUACAAGAACAGGCAAGACGGGUCUUGGAAGAGGCCAAAGAGAAUGCUGAUUUACAUCAUGUACCAUGCAAUUUUUUGAAAAAACCUGGAAACAUAUAUCACUUAUACAGACGACCUUCUGGACAGAAGUACUUCUCUAUGUUAAGUCCCAAUGAAUGGGGUGACAGUUGCCCACACGAAUAUUUAGGAACCUACCGCCUGGAACAUGAUCAUUCUUGGACUCCAGAAGAAAAGAUGAAAGCAAGGGCAGAUGAUCAGCAAAUGAUCAACAAAAUAUUGACUUGCUCAAAUACCCUUUCAAUUACCAUGGGAAAAUAACUUACAUAUUGGACUGGUUCUUUGUAAGACAUUUGAACUGGUUGUGCAGUUAAAAAGAUUUUUCCCACUGUGUGGGAUUUCACUACUACAUAUUCAGUGUAAGCGUAAACUAUGGUCCUGUAACAAAUAGUUACACCUGUAUUAGACCACAAACCUCUGCCAAAGCCAGUACUUUGCUCCUGAAAAGGUUCCCUUCUCGCCCUGUCAAAUUUAUCUGUCCUGAAUUCUAACUGAUUAUUCCAAAGCAAGAAAGACCACCUUUGGUAUAUAGUUUCAUUAAUAUGGGACUGUGAAGUGAGUAGGCAUUUUGAUGAAAGUAUGCCUUCCAAAAUUGAUGUGUGUCAGUGGUAGUAAUGUAAAUGGUCUCACAGAUUGAUGGCAAGACAAUUUAUUGGACAAGUUUGGGGAAUAUUCUAUAAUAAGUUUGAAGGUUUCCAUUACAUAUACCUCAGGUUAACUUUUUUUUUUUUUCCUUUCUAAGUUGAAAUAUUUUAAGCAGACAAAUUCUAGGUCCAGAUGAAAAUUUAAUGUUAGUUGUUUUCCAUAAAAUUUUACUAAUUUCCUGUUUUCUGGGAUGAUAUAAGUUUAAAAAUUAAGUGGAAUUUUAAGGGCCCCAUACACUGAAUGAUUGUCGUUAUCGACACGCACACCGUGUGAAGAAUCUCCGCACCGAUUUCAGUCUGAACAAAGCUGUGGUCUCGGGAAGAUAAGGCAUCACCUCUAUAAGAGACGUGCUUGAUAGUGUUAUAUCAGCAGACAAAUGCACACAUUGAAUGACCUGUGUAUGAUAGACAUUGGUUGUAAGCCAGCAAACUGGUCUGGACUUGUUCCUGCUGAGAUCAUUCACACCACAGAACUCCACCCACUUGCAUUCAGACAAGCCCAUACACAAUGUUUUUGCUAAUGGUACACAGUUGUUCAGAGUAUGAGGUCCUUUAGUUGCUUAAUACUGUGAUGUAUGAAUCCAGAUAAGAUUAUUAUUCAAGGAAUAAAUAUGACAUGUCAAGUGAUUCUGACAGGGUCAAUUUUUGUUGGUCUGUGACAAAAUGUAUUAUAAUCUAUCUUAGAAUUUGAUAGCCUGUAUUUAAUUACUAAAAGUACCAGAGUCUGUAACUAAUAAUUUAUUUUCCUCUGCAAACAUGAUGUGAUGAUAAACAUUACAUAUACAAAUUUGAAGGAGAUUAAAACUGAACAAAUUUUAUAUUGCAUAAUUUAUCAAUAAAUCACACCAAAGUAAACUCCCCCAAAUAAAUUAUUUUAACCUUUCCUUAACAGCAGAUAUAAAGUCCUCCCUCUUAAUUGUUUCUUCUUGACGUGUAAUGGUAUUCCUGAGCUUAACAAUACCUUCUUGCACUUCACUUUCACCUAUCAAUGCGACCAGUGGAAUUCCAUUAUCUUCCGCAUACUGAAAAGUGAACAUUCACAUCAAUUUAUAACAGAAUAAGAUAUGGAAUCUUACGAUUAGCAUAGGAAUAUCCAAGAAAUGAAAAUCUUUUGAUUAGCAUAUGAAAAUCCAAGAAAACACACAGGUUGUACAAGAGACAUGUUAUAAAGCUAAUAAACUUGAAUUUGUUCAUAUUGAUCCUCACCUGCUAAUCAGAUUUCUAGAGCACAAGUGUGUUAGUAAAGUUAAGAGGUACAUUUUUGACAUUUUCUUUGUGAUUAAGAGGCCUGAUCAGUGAUGUGUUGUAGAUAUUUUAAACAAAAUGAGUAA